UUGGUUGGCGGUUUGAAUCGGGGUGGGAGGGGGGAGCGGUUGGAAGGAGCGAGUGGCAUUCAAACCGCGGCGGGAGCAGCAGCGGAGCGUAGCCGGGCUUUACUCACAGCCGCUCGCUUGGUCUCAGUCAGACCACCGCGCCCCCCCACCCCGACACCUGGCAGACCAAUCUGACCUUUGCAUUCCCAAAAGAUACCUGGACUGUCGUCAUCUGAGUGAAGAAUAAUUUCCUGGAAGAUUUGUCACGGGACUUUGGCCUGUUAAUACAGGCAAAAUUGUGAACAUUAGCAUGGAGGAUUAUGUCAAAAUUGAGAAAAUUGGUGAAGGUACCUAUGGGGUUGUUUAUAAAGGGCGCCAUAAAACAACGCAGCAAAUAGUGGCCAUGAAGAAAAUCCGUUUGGAGAGUGAAGAGGAAGGUGUUCCCAGCACUGCAAUCAGAGAGAUUUCCCUUUUAAAGGAGCUACAGCAUCCUAAUAUUGUAUGUCUUCAAGAUGUGCUAAUGCAAGAUGCAAGGCUGUACCUUAUAUUUGAAUUCCUUUCAAUGGACCUGAAAAAAUAUUUGGAUUCCUUACCUACUCGUCAGAUGAUGGACCAAAUGCUAGUUAAGAGUUACCUGUACCAGAUCACACAGGGGAUUGCCUUCUGUCACUCAAGAAGAGUUUUGCACAGAGACUUAAAACCUCAGAAUUUGCUGAUUGACAGUAAAGGCAUUAUUAAAUUGGCUGACUUUGGACUAGCUCGUGCCUUUGGUGUCCCUGUCAGAGUUUAUACUCAUGAGGUGGUGACGCUGUGGUACCGAGCUCCUGAAGUACUCCUGGGUUCUGCUCGUUAUUCUACACCAGUAGAUAUCUGGAGUAUUGGCACAAUAUUUGCUGAAAUGGCUACUAAAAGACCCCUCUUCCAUGGGGACUCUGAGAUUGAUCAGCUCUUCAGGAUUUUCAGGACUUUGGGUACACCAAACAAUGAAAUCUGGCCAGAGGUUGAGACAUUGCCAGAUUACAAGAAUACCUUUCCCAAGUGGAAAGCUGGAAGUUUGUCACAAGUGAAGAAUAUUGAUUUAAAUGGCCUUGACCUGCUAGCGAAAACAUUGAUUUAUGAUCCUGCCAGAAGAAUCUCUGCAAAGGAAGCUUUACGUCACCCGUAUUUUGAUGACUUGGAUAAGUCCAGCCUUCCUGCCAAUAUACAAAGGAAUUAAUGUUUGUUGAAAGGUAAUUGUGUGUGUCUCUGUUUGACAGUGAAACUGUGGGCAAUCACUAAACACACCAAGACCAUUUUUCUCACCAACUUUUAAAAAAAAUUUGGUUGCAACCAUUCCUGUAUUAAACUUAUGUAGAUUUGUCUGUUCAUGUCUAUGUAUUUCUUUUCUUCUAUCUAUACUAUUGUGGCACAAUACUGAACUUGUUUUUGUACCUGUACAACUUGUAAAUACAAAUAAAGGCUUAAUGUACAUCA